AUGGCUGAGGAAAACGAACGAUACAAGUAUGACCCGUCCAUGGCGGCUGCAGUCAUCUUCGUUGUAUCUUUCUCACUGUCAGGGCUCUACCACGUUUUUCAAGUCAUCAAGUUUAGGUCAUGGUACUUCAUCCCAUUCGUCGUCGGUUGUGCUAUUGAAGCGAUCGGAUAUGCGGCCCGAGCUAUCAAUGCAAGUGAGGAGGCCGGGCAAUGGACCGAGGGUCCGUACCUCAUCCAGGCUCUCCUCCUGUUGCUGGGUCCUCCCUUCUUCGCCGCCUCCAUCUAUAUGGUCCUUGGACGGCUCAUCAGGCUCUUGAAUGCAGAGAAGUAUUCGAUGAUCAGGCUCAAAUGGCUGACAAAGAUCUUUCUCUUUGGUGAUGUUGCCUCCAUCGUGGCUCAAGGGAUCGGGGGUGGCAUGCUUGCCGGAGCCGAGACCAAGUCCGACAGCGAUAGAGGCCAGGCAAUCAUUAUCGCUGGUCUUUUCAUACAGCUCAUAUUCUUUGGGGGAUUUAUGGUCGUCGCUGUGGUCUUUCAUCGGCGUUUCCACCGCAACCCAAUCGACGCAAGCCUCAAGAUACAGCCACCCUGGAAGAAGCUUCUAGUAGUACUCUAUUCCGCCAGUUUGCUCAUCAUGAUACGGUCUGUGUUCCGUGUCAUCGAGUACAUCAUGGGUGAGGACGGCGAGCUCAUGGCUCAUGAGGCAUACUUGUAUAUCUUUGACGGAACGCUUAUGCUUGCCGUGACGGCGAUCUUCAACAUAUUCCACCCUUCCGCUGUCAUUAACAAUCAGAGCAUGCAGAGGAUCGAUGGCUCGGACCAGGAGAACCAGCUGCAGUCGUUAAAUGGCCUUUCUCACUAA